AUGAAAUUAAACAGUAAUACCGAAAUCGUGGGGCACAAUAUACUAUUAGUACCUUACAGAGAAAAUCAUGUACCUAAAUAUCAUGAAUGGAUGAAGUCAGAAGACUUGCAAAAACUGACAGCAUCGGAACCCUUGACAUUAGACGAAGAAUUUGAAAUGCAAAAAUCAUGGCGCGAAGAUGAAGAUAAAUGUACUUUCAUUAUAUUGGAUAAAUCCAUUUACGAUCAAAUUAAUAAUGAAAUAGAAUCAAUGAUUGGAGACACAAACAUUUUUAUAGUUGAUCAGGAAUAUGCAAUAGGUGAAAUAGAAAUAAUGAUAGCUGAACCAUCUGCCCGAGGAAAAAAACUGGGUUGGGAAGCAGUCAUAUUAAUGCUUUUGUAUGGUAUUCAAUAUAUUCAAUUAAAGGUAUUUGAAGCAAAGAUUUCCUUAUCAAAUGAAAUAAGCAUCAAUAUGUUUAAAAAGUUAGGAUUCCAAGAGAAAUCUAGAAGUGAAAUAUUCCAGGAAAUUACAUUAGAAAAAGAAGUUAGCAUGGAAUGGAUUGAAUGGUUAAGCAAAGAGGUACAAUAUAAAAUUAAGAGUUGUUGA